CGGCAAAAACGUGCGGACGCACAAUAAAAAUCCCAGCUUUUCCUCCCGCCCCUCGGCGCCGGCCGCGAGCGAAACCAACAACGCCACCCAAACCGGCAAACCGCCUCCUCCCCCUCCCGCGGGCCUUUCGCCGCUCGCCUGACUCGUUCGCGUUCCCACUCCACGCCGACUUAACCGGGCGCGCCGUAUCCGGUGGGCGGCAGCUUGCGCCGUUCGGGUCGCGUCCGCGCGCGCUGGGGGUGGAGGGGAGGGAGGGAGUCCGGGCGCCUUUUCUCGCGUGUUCCGCCGUGGGUUGGGCUGACGGAGGAGAGGAGAGGUCCGCAGCGGCCGUCCAUGGCGGAGAGGCGGCCGAUCUACAGAGAGCCCCGGCGGCCGCCGCGCUCUCAGGGCAGUGGAAAUUUCUCAGUUCCAUUGUGGGAAAAGAAAUUUUGCACUGAUGCUUGUGCUAUCCCCUGGGCUAAACUGUGUGAGACCAAGAGAUUGAUGUCUCUGUACAAAAGUGUGGUUGAUUGGGAUGACUCAGCUGCAUUAGAAGCCUUCAAUGAUGCAAAGGCACGCUUCUGUGCUGUAUAUCAUGGUCAACAUUAUGAUAUCCCUUUGCCUGACCCAAACAUGUUUAUCGAUAUAGUCAACCCAGAUGAAUAUGUUGAUCCUGAAUUGGUGGCUGAUCUGGAGAAGUCACGUCGCCGUGUUCCCAGAAAAGAUAAUGGUGUUCCUGAUGUCUGGGACUCUUUUAUUUUCUCUGAUAAGCCUGUUCCAGUUACAGGAUGGGGUGACACGGAGACCAGCUUCACUCAUGGCCAGCAGCUCUCUGUAAACUGGGACAAUCAGUUGAAACACUCAGUUGAAUCAAAUCAUAAGCAGAUGUCGGGAAAUUGGGAUUAUUCUGUCAAGCAACCUGCUCAAACAAUUGGUCAGCAAAACUCAGGGAACUGGGAAGUGUAUGAGGAACAGCAGGAUCAAACCAGCAGCCGGGGGGAGCAGACGAAUCCUUGCAUUACCAGCUGGAUCAUGAGGGAUGGCUCCCAGGAUGCUUGGAAGCAUGAUUACGGCUGGGGUCCUGCAGCUAUUCAGACCGAUCCAUGGGACAACCAUCAAGGUAGCUAUGAGGUGCCUGACAGCCAGGGUGUAUCAUAUGGACACUGGACUCACUGGAGAGGGCGAAAUAAUGACUUGGGUAGAAGAAACACUAGGAAUAGAGGAGGCCCCAUCAGCUCGAAGCCAAUGAAAUCAAAGUACCAAACGGAUGAACACAAUGGUGCAAACAAUGGUUGGAGGAACUGCCGAGUAAGGAAUGAUAUGCAUUAUUACUCCUAUGAGCAGGCUGAUUAUACCAAGCAGUCACUAGCUAUGUGAGUAAGAAGCUAAGGGGCUUACGGCAUUGAGAGAAGAUGGCAAGAUCCCCUCUGCCGCCCACUACGCUUUGGAGGUGUCAGUAGUUGUACACCAACAAUGGUAAUGGUGGACAUCUUCAGAUGAGGUAGAGUAGAGUUAGUAGAUCAUCUGUAGGUUAUGUUCCCCCUACCAGUAGAUCAUCUGUGGGUUAUGUUCCCCCUACCCCUAGUCCCACUUAAGCUGCUGUAGAUAGUACUAAUUAUCAGGCUAAUAAUUGUUUUGUUUAGCCAUUAGCGGCCGUUGUUUGUGUAUAUAUCUGUUUCCAUAUCUGUAGUUUUGGUUUACUGGCUACUUUGCAGCUUUAGUGUUGCAGCAGUGAGAAUAAGGAUGGUACCUUACUGAUUUGUAUGUUGGUGUCGAAAUGGCACGAGUAGAAGCUUAUAUCCUCUACAUGGCUACAUUGCUUCCUGGUAUUGUGAUUUUCUCCUUGUACC